GUUUGGGCUAGAAGCGCGGGAUUUGCACCUCCGGAGGCCGGGUCCGGGUGAAGCGGUCCGCAGCAUCCUUUCCGCGGGAGCUCCAGCCCGGACGGUGGUGACUCCGCCCGCGGUUCCCCGCCAGCGUGUGGGCCGAAAGGGGAGGGAAGACGAAUUCCCGCUCCGUGUAGCCUCUUUAAGUGACUGCUGUGAGGUUCUUGGUUCAGAAACCAUGACCGAGGAGCUGGAUCUCCAUGGACAGGACUCUGAUGGGGGUAGUGAGGAGGUGGUCCUAACUCCUGCUGAGCUUAUUGAAAGGCUGGAACAGGCGUGGAUGAAUGAGAAGUUUGCGCCUGAGCUACUGGAAAGCAAGUCUGAAAUUGUCGAGUGUGUCAUGGAACAGCUAGAGCACAUGGAAGACAAUCUCAGAAGAGCCCAAAGGGGGGAUCUGAAGGUCAGCAUUCAUCGGAUGGAGAUGGAGAGGAUCCGCUAUGUCCUUAGCAGCUACUUGCGGUGUCGACUCAUGAAGAUAGAGAAGUUUUUCCCACACAUUCUAGAAAAGGAGAAAACUCGCUCUAUGGGGGAGCCUUCCAUCCUUUCUCCAGAGGAGUUUGUCUUUGUCAAAGAGUAUAUGGAUCACACAGAGACCCAUCUUAGAAAUGUUGCCUUAAAGCACAUGCCUCCCAACCUGCAGAAAGUGGACCUCUUGAGGGCAGUUCCCAAACCAGACCUAGACUCAUACGUGUUUCUGAGAGUGAAGCAGCGACAAGAAAACAUCCUCGUAGAACCAGAAGCAGAUGAGCAGAGAGACUAUGUUAUUGACUUGGAGGAGGGCUCACAGCACUUGAUCCGGUACAAAACCAUUGCACCUCUUGUUGCUUCUGGAGCCGUUCAGUUAAUAUAAAACAACUAACAAGCCUGAGGAUGUGGAAUCAUGGACAAUAUUAGAAACCCCGUUUCCUUUUGUGUCUAAGAAUAAUGAAGCCAUGCUCCAUACAGUAGACUUUUCUUAGCAACAUGCGGUCUACUUGGCCAUGGAAAAGAUCAGUGCGGGUUCCCUUCAUCACCACAGCCUUCUCUAACUCCCUGCUGUUCUAGCCAGCACCAGCAGAUGGGGCCCUUGCUCUGUCUGGCUUCUCAGCAAAUAAAUGGACUGUCAGAUGUGUGCCUUUUUUUUCUACUAUUUACUGAACUCAGGAAACGUCACGAAGAGGCUUCUCCGCCCUACCAUGAUGCGGAGAUGAAUUGAGCAUAACUUGAUGGUAACAAGAGAAAUCCUUUAGCUUUCCUGGUAGAA